AUGUCUUAUGACAGAUAUGUGGCCAUCUGUAAUCCACUUCGGUACUCAGCCAUCAUGACAGGAGGAUAUUGCAUAAUUUUGUCUAUAACCAGUUGGUUCCUUGGGUUCUCUAUAAUUUUAAUUCACAUCAUAAAAACAGCAAUGCUACAUUUUUGUGGGCCAAAUAUCAUUGACCAUUUAUUCUGUGAUAUUGUCCCCUUACUAGAACUUGCUUGUUCUGACACCUCUAUGAUCCACAUAGUGGUUUAUGUUAUGGGCAUUCCAUUUGUAUUAAUCCCGACCACAAUCAUUGUAGUGUCUUAUGCUUAUAUUAUUUUAGCAGUCUUAAGGAUCUCAUCUAGUACUGGUAGACAUAAAGCCUUCUCCACCUGUAGCUCCCACCUCAUUGUGGUCUCCAUAUUCUACUGGACUAUCUUCAGUAUUUAUGUUGUCCCAUCAAAAGGCCUAACAAACACCUUAAGCAAAAUCUUCUCCCUGCUGUAUACUGUCUUUACUCCUUUGAUUAAUCCCAUGAUAUACAGCUUGAGAAAUAAAGACAUUAUAAAAGCCGUACAAAGAACAUUUCAAAAGCAUGUGAUAUGGUAA